AUGUCGUCCAUGCGAGGCUUGGUCCAGUUCAUCGCUGAUUUGCGCAACGCGCGCGCCAGGGAACUCGAAGAGAAGCGCGUGAAUAAGGAGCUGGCCAAUAUCCGGCAGAAGUUCAAGUCUGGCAAUCUGAAUGGUUAUCAGAAGAAGAAAUAUGUCUGCAAGUUGCUCUACGUGUACAUCCAAGGCUAUGAUGUCGACUUUGGACAUCUCGAGGCUGUGAACCUCGUCUCCUCUACCAAGUACUCUGAGAAGCAGAUUGGUUAUCUGGCGGUCACGCUGUUCUUGCAUGAGGAGCAUGAGCUGCUUCACCUGGUUGUGAACAGUAUCCGGAAAGACUUGCUCGAUCAUCAUGAGUUGAAUAAUUGCUUGGCGCUGCAUGCCGUGGCCAACGUCGGUGGUAAAGAGCUGGGCGAGGCGCUAGGAUCGGAGGUCCACAGGCUUCUUAUUUCCCCCACUUCCAAAGCUUUCGUUAAGAAGAAGGCUGCUCUUACACUUCUGCGCCUGUAUCGCAAAUACCCCGGUAUCGUGCGAAAUGAGUGGGCUGAGAGAAUCAUAUCAAUUAUGGAUGACCCCGACAUGGGUGUCACUCUGUCCGUAACCUCGUUGGUUAUGGCGCUCGCCCAGGACCUGCCCGAGGAAUACAAGGGCUGCUACGUCAAGGCUGCACAGCGGCUAAAGAAGAUCGUGGUGGAGAAUGAUAUCGCUCCAGACUAUCUCUACUACCGCGUUCCCUGCCCCUGGAUCCAGGUCAAGUUCCUACGUUUGUUACAAUACUAUCCUCCAUCAGAGGACAGCCAUGUUCGUGAGAUUAUCAGAGAAUCGCUCUCUCAGAUGAUGCAAGCGGCAAUGGAAACACCCAAGAACGUGCAGCAGAAUAAUGCUCAAAACGCAAUUCUCUUCGAAGCCAUCAACCUCCUCAUCCACCUUGACUCUGAGCAUACUCUUAUGCUUCAAAUCUCUGCCCGCCUGGGCAAAUACAUCCAGUCGCGCGAGACCAACGUUCGAUACCUUGGUCUAGACGCGUUGACCCAUUUCGCCGCUCGGGCGGAAACCCUUGAUCCUAUCAAGAAGCAUCAGAACAUCAUUUUGGGCUCCCUUCGAGACCGCGAUAUCAGUGUCCGGCGAAAGGGAUUAGAUCUGCUGUACAGCAUGUGUGACACGACCAAUGCUGGGCCGAUUGUCAACGAGCUUUUGCGAUAUCUCCAGACUGCCGACUAUGCCAUCCGAGAGGAGAUGGUGUUGAAGGUCGCGAUUCUCACAGAAAAAUACGCCGCUGACGCUGGGUGGUACAUUGACAUGACUCUUAAACUACUGUCACUCGCUGGCGAACACGUCAAUGAAGAGGUAUGGCAGCGAGUCAUUCAGAUUGUGACCAACAACGAAGAAUUGCAGGCGUAUGCAGCGCACACUCUCCUGGGCUAUCUGAAGACAGACUGUCACGAGAGCUUGGUGAAAAUUGGUUGCUAUGUUCUGGGCGAAUUCGGCCACCUGAUCGCCGAAAGCCAAGGCUCAAGUCCAAUUGAACAAUUCCUCGCUCUGCAGGCCAAGAUGUUCUCCAGUUCUGACAAUGCACGGGCUAUGAUCCUGUCUUCCUUUGUCAAAUUCGUAAACUUGUUCCCCGAAAUCAAGCCCCAGCUGCUGCAGAUCUUCCGCCUGUAUAGCCAUUCCCCCGAUUCCGAACUACAGCAGCGAGCGUUCGAGUACCUGUCACUGGCAACACUUCCCACGGACGACUUGCUUCGGACGGUCUGCGACGAGAUGCCACCAUUCUCCGAGCGAGCCUCCAUUCUGCUGUCCCGAUUGCAUCAGAAGACAGCCGGCGCUAGCGAAAAGAAGACAUGGGUCAUUGGUGGCAAAGAUGCCAAUGCAGACAAGCAAGAAAUGCUCUUGGCUCAAAACACAGGUCUCAAGCGCACAUUCACCACCAUUGUGCAGGGAACGCGCACGGGGUCCACCAAUACCCCCUCCAGUCCUUCUCCUUCUAACGGAACCAGUGCAUCCGGCGACUUGGCCGGCCUGGAUUUCAGUGGGCCCUCUGGCCCAGCUCCCAACAUGGCCAGUGCCGCUCAUUUGACCCCCGAAUGGGACAUUGGAUACAACCGUCUCUUCUUUACACGCGAGGGUGUGCUCUUCGAAGAUGCCCAGAUCCAAGUUGGACUGCGUUCGGAGUACCGUGGCCCAAUGGGUGUCGUGAAGCUGUACAUCUCGAAUAAGUCCACCUACCCAAUUGGAUCCCUCACCACCACAGUCGACAACCCAGCCUCUCCUCAGCUCAAGAUCGACACCAAGAACUUGCCCGAUUCCACGAUCCCGGCUUCCGGGCAGACGCAGCUGACUCUCUUCUGCACGGCCCAUGGCCCCUUCCUGAACGCUCCCACCAUCCGUAUCUCAUACCUUGCCGGAGCUCUUCAGGCCUACACUCUGCAGCUCCCUGUCUUGAUGCACCGCUACAUGGAAUCCUCGUCGCUCUCAGCGGAUGAGUUCUUCAAGCGGUGGCGCCAGAUUGGUGGCGAGCCAUUGGAGGCACAGAAGACCUUCGGGCUGGCUGGUAAGAAUAAGACCAUGAACGACCGCUUCACGCGGAGCGUUGUCGAAGGAUUCGCGUUCAAGAUUUUGGAGGGCGUGGAUCCCAACCCUCACAACCUCGUUGGCUGUGCUGUGUUCCAGUUUGAAGGCGGCAAGACCGGAUGUCUGCUGCGACUGGAACCCAACUAUGAGAAGUCGAUGUAUCGUGUCACUGUUCGUGCGACCCAAGAAAGCGUCCCGCAGGCGCUGGUGAGACAGAUGGAACAGAAGCUGGCGCAGGGCAUGCGAGCAGACGAAUAG